CUACAUAGUCAACAAUUUAUGAUGGGAUAUCUGUGGAAAGCCACUCUUAAAGUACCGUUCUCCAUUCGUUUCCUAGCGGAUCGCUGCACUAUGUCAAGAAAAAUAAUUAAGAUGGAGCUAAAGCGACGAAGAGGAAAGAUUUACUUUAUUGAGAGGACAAAAAGGACAAAAAUAUCAAGCAAAAUGGUUCAAAUUGAAGGGAGAGCAGCCAAUGAACUGGAAGGAGCUUGGUGUGACAGAAAAAUAUAUCAGAUGGAAGCUUUGACAGUAUAUAUUUGUCACGAACAUCGCUCUAAUGUUAAGCACCAAGUAGAAGCACAAGGAACGUUGUCAAAUCACAUACCUACAAUCAUAAAGAGAAUCCGUGAAAGAAAAUUUGGCAAUGUCCUUUUUAUGCGAAUAAAUUAUAAAGACGGUUAUCUGCUAGAUGGAAAACGGGAUACAAUGGGCUAUUUUCCUACUGAUGGACGAGAGAUUUUCGUACAAGAAUCUGACAGCCAUGCACAAUUCGUGAAGGACCGAGCAGUAACAUUAAGUCCCCCUACUGAACUACAGAUGUACCAAAUUUCUAUACAAGAAUCAAGCAGCCAUGCUCAAUCUGUUCAGAAGCAAGGAGUAACAUUGAGUCCCCCUACUGAACUACAGGUGUACCAAAUUCCUGUAAAAGAAUCUAGUAGCCAUGCACAAUCCGUGCAGGAGCGAGCAGUAACAUUAAAUGCCCCUACCGAGGCCAGGCUGUACCAAAUUCCUGCACAAGAAUCUAGUAGCCAUGCACAAUCCGUGCAGGAGCGAACAGUAACAUUAAAUGCCCUUACCGAGGUCAGGCUGUACCAAAUUCCUGUACAAGAAUCUAGCAGCCAUGCACAACCUGUGCAGGAGCGAGCAGCAACAUUAAAUGCCCCUACCGAGGCCAGGCUGUACCAAAUUCCUGUACAAGAAUCUAGCAGCCAUGCGCAACCUAUGCAGGAGCGAGCAGUAACAUUAAGGAACUCUAUCGAGCAAGAUGAACGUGCUUAUGUACUUGGUGCACGAGAAAUAUAUCUGUACCGAACUCCUGUACAAGAAUCUAGUAGCCAUGCACAAUCCGUGCAGGAGCGAGCAGCAACAUUAAAUGGCCCUACCGAGGUCAGGCUGUACCGAACUCCUGUACAAGAAUCUAGCAGCCAUGCACAACCUGUGCAGGAGCGAGCAGCAACAUUAAGGGUUCCUAUUGAGCAUGAUGAAUACCAAUAUCUACUGGGUGCAAGAGAGAGACAUAGGAACCGAACUCCUAUGCAAGAAUCAAGUAGCCAAGCCCAAUUCGUGAGGGAGGAAGCAGUAGCAGUAAGGGCCCCUAUUGAGCAUGAUGAACAUCAAUGUCUACUGGUUGCAAGAGAGAGACUUCGGUACCGAACCCCUAUGCAAGAAUCACGUAGCCAAGCCCAAUUCAUGAGGGAGGAAGCAGUGACAAUAAGGGUCCCUACUGAACAUGAUGAACAUCUUUGUCGCCCAGUUUAAUGGAGAGGCGAUCGCACUAAAUUUACAAUCUCAUGCAAAGAAAAACGUGCCGCGUAUUAUUUUGGGAUAUCGCCCCUCCCCAUCAGUAAUGUUGUUUGGCAUGCAUUUUACUAGCCAACCGCUUCAUACGCUUAAUAGACCAACAUUGCUAGUAGGGAUGGGGAAGGGGGAGGAUGGAAAUUGGCACUUCCUUUUUAAAAGUAAUAGCUAUCUUGUAUGAAAUAAGUAGACCAGCUCAGCACCACUAAGCAAACAACUUUUAAUUGAAUAGAGACAACGAAUCUAAACUAAAGACAUAAGAAACUUCGUAGAUAGGCUAAGAUGAUAUAGAAACAAAGAAUGAAGUGAACCAAUCUUAGAAAAAUGUAUUACGAAUUGUUUUGGCUCUUUUUUUAGUUCUUUAUAAAAAAACAUAAUUACGUAUAUCAAUAAACAGCCAUGAUCGAUUAUGAAA